AUGGCACUGCUAAGAGAGCCACAUAUAACAAGGCUAUCUCACCGGGAGCGUGAUGCCUUGCUAGACACUCGGCGGAUCGACCCCAGUGGAAAGAGCAGGGCGAGGGGCAUGGCAGAGGCUAGGAAUGCGGUCUUGGUGAUCCAUUGCAGCGCGCGUAGGGCGAUCGUGCGCGAGGACGAGAGGAAGAUGACGCGCGCCGCACGUGAUGGGCGCGUUCGCCGACGCGUCGCCCAAGCCUUCAACGUCGUCGUUCCCCUCAGCGCCGCAUCCGUCGGCACUUACAAAUAUAGACCAUCUGGUACCUAUGACGCGACACACACGUUCGACGAAUAUCAUACAGAGCUCUUCAUUGACUUCCUCGAAUGGACGCACCGCCGGGUUCACCUCUUCAGACCCAUCCUAGGCUCCUACGCGCCUCAUCGCCUCGUACUCCCAGCGAGACUCAUUCAGACAACACUCGUACAUAGAACAGAAACUGACAUCCUCGGCCUCCCGAAUGGAGGCACUAUUGGAUCUCCCUCUUUGAGCCUCGCUCGCAUCGUAAACCGGGCGGUCGACAUUCAGAAGCCAACGCAGCUUCGUCGCACCAGUGUGAAGUUAUACCUCAAACUCUUCAUGCUCUCAAGAGUCGCUGCUAAGUACGUGAGGUCGGGUGAUGAACCGCCCGUGUCUGAAAACGAGAUACUACCACGGCGUCGUAUGGGGCUACAGGCAAUGUGCGGCAGGAGAGUGAUUCAAUAUCCCAAGGACCUGGCCCCGCCAGAUAUACGCGACAUUCCUGUCAACCCGCCAACGCCCCACAACUUCACUCACUCACGAACGCCCACAACUAUUACCUAUCGUCACCGUGCUGAGGAGUUUCGGUCUUUCCAGAUCGUCUCUACAAUAAUGAAUACCUGCGUUUCACGCCACGCAGAAGCCGAUCCCGAACUACUCCGCAAGCACAGUGAGACGGCGCAAAGGAAGGUCCGAGGCCCGUCGAGAGGCGCGGGCGGCGGCUGCAGAGACACGCCAUACCUUCGCACUAACACUGUCCUUCGUUUUACGCUCGGAGGUGCCUCCUUGAAUCGUCAGGUUCCCGUUUCCCGCAGGUCACCGCGCCCCGUCACCCCUCUGGCGUUGACGGGCGAACUGCCGUUCGCCUUCAGUCCCCCGGAGUUUGACGAUGGCUCGGUUGAGAAGUGUUUGGACAAGAUCGUCGACACCGGUGCACCUCUUCUGGUCCAGUCGUCUGCGACGCCGGCAGUGCUUCUCGCACAACGGAAGAGUGCUCGUACACAUCCCUUUCAUCAGGACAUGCAACGGCGCGAACGACACGGAAGGAGACGCACAUCCUCGCCUCCGCGAUCGUCUGAUAUGUCCUCUACGGGAACAUGCAAAUGGCCGGUUUGGCGUAAAGAGAUUGAUCAUGUAGGCUUUGAUCGUGGCUACCACUAUGGGAUCCUCCUUGUGCAGCGGAAGCCCAUUGAAUACCUCGCGCAAGAGAAUGGCGUGAAAGGCAGAGAUGGACUCGGCAGGAUCUGGUGCCACGGGCGUCCGUCCAUGAUUCCGUGGAAGCACCUCAGACUCGAGAUCCACGCUGACGAUGUCUGA